AUGCCCACUCCGAGGAGCUCCUUCCUCGUCCCCAGCAGGAAACACGGUCAGUCGAGCGACCAAGCGCUAUCUGUUUUUCCCAUCAUUCGUCCGGAUGACAUGUUUUUAUCCCCCUGCUUCCUACAUAAUAUCCUUCUUUUUUGUCCGUUCUUCUUCUUCUUCUUCUUCUUCUUCUUCUUCUUCUUUCACCUUUUUCUUUCCUCUUCUCAAUCCUGCAUCACUUUCUUUUUCUUCUUCUUUCUUCCUCAUCUCAAUUUUUCUUCUUCUUCUUCUUCUUCUUCUUCUUCUUUCUUCUUCUUCUUCUUUCAAUUUUUCUUUCUUUCUUUCUUUUCUUCUUGCUGUCAUUUUCUUUCUUUCUUUUUUUUUAAUCUUUUUUCUUUCUUUCUUUCUUUCUUUCUUUUACUUUAUCUUUCUUCUUGCUUUUUAAUCUUCUUUCUUUUUCUUUCUUUCUUUCUUUCUUUCUUUCUUUCUUUCUUUCUUUCCACCCUCCUGACAUCUACUCUUUUUGACUAUUUUAAUCUUCUUUCUUUCUUUCUUUUUUUCUUUUUUCUUUCUUUCUUUCUUUCUUUCUUUCCUUUCCCUUUCCUUCCACCCCCUGACAUCUAUUCUUUUUUGACUAGUUUUAAUCUUCUUUUUCUUUUUCUUUCUUUCUUUCUUUCUUUUUCUUUCCACCCCCUGACAUCUAUUCUUUUUGACUAUUUUAAUCUUCUUUCUUUCUUUCUUUCUUUCUUUCUUUCUUUCUUUCUUUCUUUCCACCCCCUGACAUCUAUUCUUUUUGACUAUUUUAAUCUUCUUUCUUUCUUUCUUUCUUUCUUUCUUUCUUUCUUUCUUUCUUUCUUUCUUUCUUUCCACCCCCUGACAUCUAUUCUUUUUGACUAUUUUAAUCUUCUUUCUUUCUUUCUUUCUUUCUUUCUUUCUUUCUUUCUUUUUAAUCUUCUUUCUUUCUUUCUUUCCACCCUUUCUUUUUUUCUUUCCAUCUAUUCUUUUUUUGACUAUUUUAAUCUUCUUUCUUUUUUUUUCUUUCUUUCUUUCUUUCUUUUUUCUUUCUUUUUUUUUUUUGACUUUUUAAUUUUCUUUCUUUUUCUUUCUUUUUUCCGUUUCUUUCAAUUUUCUUCUGUUUCUUCAUUCUUCUUUCCAUUUUUUCUUUCUUUUUCUUCUUUCUUCCCCUUCCUCCCUCUUCUCUAUCCAUUUCUUUCUUCUUUUUUUUCCUCCAAUAUCCUUUUUGCCCGUUUUAUUCUUCUUCUUCUUCUUCUUCUUCUUCUUCUUCUUCUUCUUCUUCUUCUUCUUCUUCUUCUUCUUCUUCUUCUUCUUCCAUCGUUUAUUUUUAUGUAUUUCUUCCUUCCAUUUCUCAAUUGUCCUCUUUUUUCUCCAUCUCCUUCCUCUUCCCAAAUCUAUAAUUUUAUUUUUUUUCCUCCUUUUCUUUUCCCGCCCGCUAUUUAUUUCCGUUUUUCUUUUCCUUUCAUCUAUAUUUGCUCUUCUUUUUUUUUUUCCCGCCCGCUAUUUAUUCCUUUUUUCUUUUUCCUUCAGCUCCAUCAUUUUUAUUCUUUUUUUUUUCCUUCAGCUCCAUCUUUUUCUUUCUUUCUCUUUCCUCCAUUUCGUGUUUUCCGCCUUUUCUUUAUAUUAAUCUUUUAUUUCCUCUUGCUUUUCUUCGAUUUUUCUUCGUCUUGA